CCUCCUCCUCCCCGACUCUAUCUCGACGUCAACGUCACGACUUCGCCUGCUCAUCCUCACUCCUGCAGCUGUCCCAUGGCUGCGUGCUCUACACAGCCUCUCCUCUCGCUGCUCCUAUAGCUGCAAUAGACCCUUUUUGACGAUAUAUAGAACCCAGACAGACCGUUUUGUUUUUUACGAAGCUCCUAGAAAACCGAACCCGCAACCAUGUCGGACUCCCCUCAGAACGGCGGGCUGCCCUCCCACCCCAAGCCGGCAGCUGAUUCGGGCGCUGGCACGCCAACGGGCUUCCAGCGUCCCCUGAACAAGCAGCUGGACAGCGUUGUGCGCACUCCAGGCCGCCAGCCGUCCCCCCAGCCCACCCAUCUCGGUAUCCCGGGAGGCACUCACCGUGUCCUGGCCGAGCAAGGCCCCGGCUAUGUGGCAGCCAAGUUCGAAGGCAAGGAGGCACAGAUGGUUGCUGUGUCCGAGCAAUUGGAGAACAAUGGCUUCAUUCCAUACGAAUUCGUCGCCUCCGAGACAAAUUGGUUCUAUAACCUGCUCGGAAUCGACGAUAUGUACUUCCAGACCGAGACCGUCGAGGUUAUUGCCAGCCACAUCCUCUCUCUUUAUGCUGCCAAAGUGGCUGCCUACGCCCGUGACGACAAGCGGCUAGAGAUCAGACUUGACAAGGAGGCCGAGGACCACGCCGUCUACAUCGACACCAGCAGGCCCGGCGUUACUACCACCGACGGCCCCCGCUACGAGCAGCGUAUCGACGAAAAGUACAUCAACGGAGCCACGGCUACCGACAGCUUCCGUGUCGAGACCUUCCGCUCGUCCAGCCCACUGCCAGACAACAGCGAGCAGCAGCUGCGUUGCUACUUUGUCUACAAGUGUCAAUUCGCCAACCCCAACCCCGACCCCGAGGAGACCAACAUUGAGAUCGUCGGUGACAAGCUCUUCCUGCAGAAGGCUACCGAAAACACCAAGGCGAUCUACCAGGAACUCCUCAUCAAUGCCGUUGCUCGCUCCGGCCCCGUCAUCAAGAUGUUCGAGAUCGAAGGCAGCCGCGAGAAGAGGCUCGUCAUUGCUUACCGCCAGGGCUCUGCCAUGGGCUUCUUCUCUGCCCUCUCAGAUCUUAUCCUUGACCUCCUCCUUCCCCCGGCCAGCCCUGGAAUCAAGGACCCCAUCGUCGACCUCCACGGCCAGGACGAGAUCCUCUUCAUGGGCCCCGACGAGAACUCUGCUCCUCUUGUCAACUGGGCCACCGAGCACGCUCGCAAGCGUGGUGCUCCAUGGUGGAAGUCCUUCUUCACUGGCAAGAGCCCUAAGCUUGGUGGUAUCCCCCACGACCGUUUCGCUAUGACCACCUUGUCUGUGCGUGAAAACGUUGAGGGUAUCUACCGCAAGAUGGGCAUUGACCAGACCAAGGUCCGUAUGUUCCAGACUGGUGGCCCUGACGGAGAUCUGGGCUCCAACGGUAUCUUGCUCGGAAAGGAGCAAUACGUUGCCAUUGUCGAUGGAUCUGGUGUCCUCGCUGAUCCUAACGGCCUCGACCGUGAGGAGCUCACUCGCCUUGCUCGCAGCAGGAAGAUGAUCUGCGAGUACGACGUUUCUAAGCUGUCCAAGGACGGAUACCGUGUUCUUUGCGAUGACAGCAACGUCACUCUCCCAUCUGGCGAGGUCGUUAACAAUGGUACUGCAUUCCGCAACACCUACCACCUUCGCCCAGGUAAUUACGACAUCUUCGUCCCCUGCGGUGGUCGGCCAGAGUCCAUCAACCUCAACAACGUUUCCAGCCUCAUUGUCGAUGGAAAGUCCGUUGUACCAUUCAUCGUUGAGGGCGCCAACCUUUUCGUCACCCAAGACUCCAAGAUCCGCCUCGAGAAAGCUGGAUGUGUCAUCUACAAGGAUGCUUCCUCCAACAAGGGUGGUGUCACUCCUCCUCCCUUGAAGUCCUUGCUUCUCUCUCCUUCGAUGACGCCGGCUUCACAGAACAUAUGUGUGUCGCCAAGGAUGGAACUCCACCACCAUUCUACGACGCCUACGUCCGCGAGGUCCAGGAGACCAUUAAGCGCAAUGCUCGCUUGGAGUUCGAAGCUAUCUGGAGGGAGAAUGAGCGCACCGGCGUUCCCCGCAGUGUGCUCAGUGACACUCUCAGUGUAGCCAUCACCCAGCUCGACGAAGAAUUGCAAAAGUCUGAGCUCUGGGAUAACAUUCCUCUCCGCAAGGCUACCCUCAAGGAUGCUCUUCCCAAGCUUCUCAUUGAGAAGAUUGGCUUGGAGACUCUUUUGGAGCGUAUUCCCGACAACUACCUCCGAUCCAUCUUCGGCAGCUACCUUGCCAGCCGCUUCGUGUAUGAAUACGGCCCCAACCCCAGCCAGUUUGCCUUCUUCGACUUCAUGGGCAAGCGUAUGCCAAAGGAGGAGAUCUAGACUGUCUCGCUCCCAACACGGCACGGCAGAAGGGCGCGGUCCGACCCCUCCGCCUCCUUUUUGGAUAAAUGUACCAAGACCAUAUAAAAAAAAGAACCUUGAUGUGUUUUUCUUCCAUUUUUCUCUUCCCUUUAACGAUCCCCCCGUCCCGCCCUGCCACUCCUUAUCACGACCGAAUCGAAACUAGAAUCAAUCCCCGAAAACUUAAAAAAGCAACCAACCAAGAAAGCAAAGCAGAAAAAGAUUAAGCCUUUUGGUUUUCAUUUUUCUUUCUACACAAAAGAAAUGUACAUGUUGACAUUUGUUUGAAUUUACCUUUUUGCCCAUUCCCUGGAUUCGACGGUAUACACGACACUUAUGCUCACCCACAUGCGCCAAACGAACCAGGACCAACAAAAGAAGAAAAAAAAAAAAAAAAAAAAAAAAUCGAGGAGGACACAAUGAUAGAACAGUGCUACGUACGAUACUUAGAGAUAUGAGAAUAAAAGGCUCUACGAGCCAAAUUUUUGCCCCUCUGCUUCCCACGGAGAUCAAGAGGGGAAACAUCUGCAGAAAUUUUCUUGCUGCUAAACUUCCCGUCCCGAAACAACUAACUAUAAAUAGCCACUCGGCUAUUGACUAGUUAAGCUGACGUCAUAAUAAGAAAAACUCAGCAUUUGCCCCUUUUCCGAAACCCAACCUUAAUAAUUCAGAAAUAGCACCAUGGAAGCCCUUCCUUGUUGACAUGUUGAAAAGAACAAGGUAUCAUACUAACAGGUUAUUUAAUUUAUAGCUUUGUUCCAUGCUACAUGAUACAGAAGCGAAGUUACUAGCGAACUGGGCCCAUGAUAGACCUGAACUCUGCGGGAUAAUAUCAUGCUUUGCCGUACUCCGUAAGCCAUACUCUUCCCGUCUGCCCGCAAACUGAAGUAAUGGGUUAGGCAGAUACGAGAUGACUUUCGGUGAGAUAAAUGGCUCAUUGCUCAAGGUAUAGUUAUGUGAAACGGGGCUGUGGUGGGUUUAAUAUCAGGUCCUGCUGGGGUGAUUCGCCUGUAUUUUUCCUGGAAAAUGUGAGUUGGUGGAGAUGCGAGGUUUGAAGGCUAACUAGUUAAUUAAUUCGUUACUGCCAGAAAGCGUCGUUCACUAUGAAAUUGUGUAAUUGACAUGAAAACCCCUUUACACAGUGUUACCUUGAGGCCUGGAUAUACUGCGCCGGUGUCAUGCAUUUUUUGAUUCUGUCUUCUACCUGGCAUACCUAAUUAUUGAUGGUCUUACAAGUGUUUGAUUAUUUACACCAGAUGUCAAAUCAGCGUGGGCUUAUGUGCUCACACAUAUAUAUCCAGGGAGCAAAUUAGGAUGCCCAGGAAAAUGCUUGUUAAGCUCUAAGAAUUCUAUAUUAUACAAUCCUUUCUAUAUAUCUUUAGUGGAAAUUUUUGUGAUCAACCACAUUGGACACGGUUACUUCAUCUCAAUAGCGGUCUCGGUCUGCUGUUGGGGCUGCGUCUUGUCUCUUGUCUUUACCUGCUGCGUCGUUGGCUCUUGGUCUGGUGUCUUCCAUAGGCUCCCCUUCAUUGCUUCUGGAACCUCAAUGACCAAGCUCAGCACCAAAGCUACUGCGCACAAUAUAAUACAUGAGUAGUAUACACUCUGAUAGCCGACCAGGCUGAGAACUCCCGACUUGCCGUCACCGUACUGUCUGUUAAUACCAUCGGCAACGGCUGUGAGUACCGCGAGACCCAGUACACUUCCUCCGACUUGGAGAGCAACAUUGAAUACACCAGCUACCACGCCCUGGUCACUCUUGCUUGCACUGGAUACUACAACAAAAUUUGCAGUAAUGUAAACCACACCCAGGCCGGCAAUGUAUAAUAUCAUACCAGGGAAAGCGAAGCGCCAGUAUGACGUCUGACGGGUGAUAAAGCUGAACAGUACCACACCGGGAAUGCAAAGCGCCCAGCCGAUGACGAACAUGGCUCGGGCACCGAGCAAGGGAACCAAACGGCCUGCAAUUGUGUUGGUAACCAAAGCAGAUAUGCCAACCGGUGGGAAUAGGAGAGAUGUGUGUAAGGGCGACGAUCCAUAGGAUUGAAUCUGGAGAGUAAGGAAGUAGGAGCAUGCCUGACGGACGGCAUAUGUUGCCACGGCUAGGAUGAGUGUGAGUGUGAAACUUGGACGAAAAAGGCGAGGGUUGAUCAAAGCCUGGGGUGCUCGAGAUUCGUGCAACGCAAACAGGAGAAGCAACAGGCUCGAAAUCGCCAAGGUGGAGAUGAUAGACGGUGAGCCCCAGCCCGUUGUAUUGGCUGAGGUAAGUGCAUAAGUCAAUAGAAGCAGGCUGGGAACUCCCAGAGAGAUCCCAAGUAUGUCAAAACGGAUCAGAUGUGCCUUUAUGGACCGGAAAAACUUCUUCUCUUCUUGCUCUUCCUUUGUAAUCUCACGAGCAGCGGGUGAACGGGCUGUCUUAGCUCGAGGAAGGAAGACAUGGGCUGUUGGCACAACAAUAGCAGAGAGAAUAAGAGAAAUCCAAAAAAUCCAACGCCAGCUGAUAAGGGCCGUCAGCACACCGCCUAGGAUAAGGCCUACGAUGAAUCCCACGCUACCAGCUGCAGC